GACGAGCAAGAAUUAACGAAAGUUUAAACGAACUGAAAACGUUAAUACUGGAAGCCAUGAAAAAAGAUAAUUCGUGCUAUUCCAAGCUGGAGAAGGCUGAUAUUUUAGAAAUGACAGUUCAACAUUUAAAAAAUCUUAAAAAUCAACAAAUCACAGGUAGUUCAAGUUCAAAUCCGGCGUCCGUGGCCAACUAUAGGGCGGGCUUCAAUCAGUGCGCAUCAGAGAUCACUCGAGUCCUGACAGCCCUGGGAAACACUGACUCUACACUUAGGAGUAGGCUCUUAGAGCACCUAGCGACUCGUUGCCUGGUAACUAAGCCGGUGGACGCCGCUGAUACAAGAGGACAGCUGCCUCAAGUCUCGUUUCCCAAUCAACCCAUACUGCCCAAGCCACCCAUUUCAAUGUCUUCGCCAGCAAAUUUCUCGUUUCUUCCUCAAAACAGCCCUGGCGUUCUACCCUCCACUCAAUAUCAUUUAGCGUCUUAUCCUUUAACUAAUGGCAAAGUGGCAGUUCUUUUGCCAACAGUUAACCCUUUUUUGAUGGAUUCAGGCUCCGCUGUUGCUACGCAACCUAACUUCCUUCCCGUAUUUGGUAAAGAUCCAAAGCAUGGCGUCUCUCCGCCGGAAGUCAUGCCGUUAGGUUUAGAUACCAGGUCCCUGUACUGGAAACCCAUGCCUUAACAAACAAUCGAUGGAAAACCAAAUAACAGUGGCAUUUUGUGGAUAACAUUGCAAUUCUUAUCCUUCAUCUUGAAGACUGAUCUACAUUUUUUUUCCUUUUUAAUGUUUCCGCCAACAUUUCUCAUGCUGGUUCAGCUACAAAAAAGAAAACUCGUAUUUUAACGAGUAAACAAUAAGGUCUAUUACGCCGCUCUUUAAUAAUUUUGCAAUUCAAACAUUCUGCUAAAAACUAUGAUUAAGCUAUUAGGGUAUCUUAUUUAUCCAACAUUUUAUUUGGAUUCAAAUUUCAAGCGCAGCUUUCACAGAUUUCUAUAAUUGCAAAUUUUUAUUCCAACAUCCCAAAAACCGCAAGAUAACAAAGUAUAUUUUAGAAUUCCUGACAUCAAAAAACGUCAAUAUUCUAAAGAAGUCAAAAUACUUCAUUCGUUUAUCACUGACCCUUUUAUCAAGGAGAGACAAUUUGUACGUCAUAUAUCCUGGUCAUGUGUUUAUUUAAAAUCUUGAAUGAUGUUUUAAUACCUAUUUAAAUAUUAUUUUUCAAAUUUUUUUUAAAAAAUACGGUUGUUAACAUUUUUCGCAACUUCCGUUACUUCUAAUUUGUAAAUGAUUGCCGAGUAAUCACUUUUCCUUACUGUGUAAGUUGUCUGGGAGAUGGGAGAGUUAACUUAUAUUCGAUGAAGACAAAGAAUUUUCUCAUUAAAUGGGAUCUUUAUUUAUGCUUAUAUUAAGUCAAUAAAUUCAGCCUAUGUGCUGGCUAUCUUCGUA